AUGUAGCCUCUGUCUAUAUCUGUCCUCAGACAUUUAAGGCCCACCAUGCUGCUCUAUCUGCUGCUGGUCUUUCAAGCCAAUGCCAAUGCCCAGAUCGACCCAGCACACUGCCGCUAUCCUCUUGGCAUGGAGGAUGGCAGGAUCAAAGACCAUGACAUCACCGCCUCCAGCCAAUGGUACGAGACCACUGGGCCACAAUAUGCCAGGUUGAACCGGGAGGAGGGUGACGGGGCGUGGUGCCCAGCGGGGCUCCUACAGCCCUCUGACACCCAGUACCUGCAGGUCGACCUGGGCCAGCUCACCUUCCUGACAGUGGUGGGAACACAGGGCCGCUAUGCUCGGAACUCGGGUAAAGAAUUCGCCCGCAUGUACCGCCUGAACUACAGCCACGACGGCCAGCUCUGGAGAUCCUGGAAGAAUCGCCUUGGCAAUAAGACGAUGGAGGCGAAUGACAACGCCUAUGUCUCUGUGAUCAAAGACCUUCACCCGCCCAUCAUCAGCCGCUACAUCCGUCUCAUCCCCGUCACCAAGAUGCCCACCACUGUGUGUAUGAGACUGGAGCUGUACGGCUGCCCCUGGCACGACGGCCUGACGUCAUACAGCUCUCCUGAAGGUCAGCUGAUGAUGCCUCCUGGGUAUCCCAUUGCCAGCCUCAACGACUCCACAUACGACGGCGCCCACGAACGAAGGAAACUGUCUGGGGGGUUGGGUCAGCUGACGGACGGUGUGACUGGUCAAGAUGACUUCCUGGUGACGCGGCAGUACCAUGUAUGGCCUGGAUACGACUAUGUGGGCUGGAGGAACGGGAGUCUGGGCUCUGACUAUGUGGAGAUGGAGUUUGUCUUUGACAAGCAAAGGAACUUCACCUCCAUGAAGGUAACAAAGUGCAUCCUACAGAGAUGGAAUGGGACAGACGAGGUUAAGGACAGAGAAGGAAUGGGACAGACGAGGUUAAGGACAGAGAAGGAAUGGGACAGACGAGGUUAAGGACA